AUGGCUCCCGAAUCAUCCUCCAACAGCCACCAGCAUGGUCGCGAGCCGCCCGGGGGCUCUUCCCGCUCCCACGACGACUGGGGGUCCUCGUCCUCGCGGCAAUACCGCCCGGACUCGGGCCCGUACGACUCGCCCAGGGGGGGAGGGAGCAGCGGGUAUCAGGCGGGCAACAACCCGUACUUCCCGCCGCCACCGAACUCAUUCUCGGGCCCGUCGUACUCCGGACCACCCCCAUUCUCCAACCAGGGUCAAGGCCCGUACCCCCCAUCUUACGACUACGGUCACGACUAUGACCCACGACCGACGCCUUCCGAGGAUCCUAUAGCGGCCAUCGUCCGCAUGUAUUCGGAGAACGGCGCGCUCAUGCGCCAGAUCGGCGACCUGCGAGUAGAACUCGCCAACGGAAAGAAUGCACACGGCCAGCUCCAAAAAGAGCUGGACGGUGCUCGAUCCCAACUGCAUGCACUCCGUGAGGAAAACACGAAGCUGCGCGCGGAAGUGGAGAAACUGCGAACGGAUGCGCGCGACGACGAGGGCUCACGACCGCACAAACGGCGUGAUGACCGCGACGACCGCUAUCGCCUCCAACGAGACGACCGUGACCGCGGUGAGGUCCGUACCCGGAGGACCGACGCGGACGAAGAGCGGCGCGACUACGGUCGUACGAGAUCCCCUACUCACUCUCGUCCGCGCGAUCGGUCGCCGGCCAGGCUAGGACAAGGCCGCCAGCCGUCUCCCCCUCGUGCACCGCUGAGUGAACGAAUCCGCGGCCGAUCCCCCGCGCGCCCGCGCCUUCAGGAACGGCUGCAGGACCCGCCCAAAUCACUGAGAGAGCGGAUCGACCGCCGUGCUACCCCGCCCAAUGCGCACCACGGUGGUGCUCCGACGGCCGCGCCGGUGGACGACGUCGAGAUGACGGACGCGGCCGCCAAGGAACCCCUUCCGAAACGGCGUCCGUCACCGCGUAAUACUACGAUUGCCAAAACCGCGGCCCCGAACACUCCACACGCGGCUUCGGUGGGUGCCCGUGCUCCUCCUCACCCUAUCCCCGAGUCGCGUGCGCCCCCGAUGCAGAUCCCAUCCACCCAAGGGAUGUCGGACGAGGCCAUAGACGCGCUCCGUCAUCAACCGGAUCAGGCACUGGACGUGUCGGGGCAGCCGCAGUCGGCGUGGUACCUUCGGUGGAAGUCCGCGCUCACUAUGGCGGAAGAGUACGAGGACUUGGAGAUGGACGACGAGUCCGGCAGCGACACCUCUGACAUGGGUCGCCCGGAAUUCGGUUCCCCCUUCCCCGACCCUAUCGUCGCUUACCGGUCCCUCAUGACGCCUGCGGCUGAGGAGAAGGAAGGGUACCGAGUGGCACGCACUUCGUCGAAGCCCACCCACAAAAUCGCGCUCUACACCCACCCGGCGAUCCGGAGAUCCGCGGGGGUCCGGUACCUUCUCCAGGUUUACGGUACGGACCGCGCUACCAUCGGGCGAGGGCAUCGCGACGACCUCCCUAGCCGGCCGCAACUGGGCAAUGCCGCAUUCCCGAAGCCAUCAGCGACGCAGUUGGAGGUGGUGGCGUACUACCGAAACGUGCCCACCUCUCAUUGGAGUAUCGGGAUGCGACGGGCGGACGGGAAGGUCCCGGAGCAUAGUGCCACCAUAUUCGGGGUACCCCACAAGAAGGACGCAUUCGCGGCGUUUGUGAUCAAGCAUAUCACGACGGUUCCCCCUUCGCUGCGCAGCUCCGAGACUCUAACGUUGUUUUCGGUCACCGGGCUGUAUGAGGCCAUCGUGACGAAGGGCGGGUAUAAGUCGGUAAAGCCCGCGCCCCCCGCGCCCUACCCGUACUCCGUCGCCGGACUGGACAUCGUCCGGGUCGCGGCUUGGCUAUGCUGCCAUGGAAUAGGCACCAAGGUCGAGCUGGUUUCCUACCUCCGCCGGUGGGCGCGUACUGCGCGAAACCGUGCACUGCACCGUGUCGAUCACGACGAAACCGACUGGCCGGACGCCCCCCGAUCCGUGGACGAGUUCAUGGGCUCCGAGGCCGCCCUCUUGGUGGUGGACUAUCGCGACUUGCCCUGGGGAACCCGCGUCAUCGACAUCGUGGACCGCGCUGUUCCCCGCGAUCCCACCCCCGUUCCUACUCCCAUCGUGCCCCCGGCUUCGUCCUCGAACCCCACGAACGCACUCCCUGUUUUGGGGGCGGCCGCAGAUCCGCCUGCUCGCGCUGGACAUUCUCGCCGAUGGCUACUCGGGAGGAAUUAUCAAGAAAUACUACCGAAGCCUGAUACUCCCGGGGAUUCGCAGGCUACGCAGGCAGCCGGCGCAGACGGGCAGCGGCCAAUGCCUACUCCAUCGUCGCAGCCUUUGAAAACUUUUCAACACCAAGCGUGGCCCAAGCCGGAUUCGCGGGACGGCAACAUGUGCUACACUCGACCGCAUCAUGCUACGUUGAUCAAUACAGGCGGUGAAUUCACUGAUUCUGGCUCAGUGGAGGUAGAUCACGGCUACUACUACAUGGACUCCAUAAACGAAGAGGUCGUCGUUCCUUUCCGCUUUGCCGCUGCUCUGGCCGUGUCCUAUAACCUGGAUCGAAUUGCAGCGGAUGGGAUAUUGGGGCUCGGUGCUGCAAAUAUUCAGCGCGGCUAUGCUGGUUUUCGUGGUGACAAUGAACUUCCGAAGUCAGAAGUUGAUGGCUUUUUCUUCCAGACAUUCCUCACCGCUCUCAAGGAUUACGUUAACCUGGCCAACGAUGUGAGCCUUGCUGGUCAUAUGAUCAUGUACUUUGCGUGCCGCCUGCCCGACGCCCAUAUCAAGGAGAAUUGGCUGAGCUUUAACAACUGGCCCACGCUGAAGCCCCCCAACUGGUCGGAUAGCAUCAAGGUUCUUCCCGACACACGCGCUCGAGGAGCCGCACCUGCUUAUCACUUUUGGAUGCUCCCCCUUGUGAGCAUGACACUCGUCAAGCGUGUGAAAGGCGCCUAUGUGGACCUACCCACUGGCAACGGGGUUAGUGAUUUGCAAGGCCCGGCCUCAGGCCGUGAGGCCGUCAGGCCGAGCCCUAAGUAG